UCGGGUCAAAGAUUCUGUCAUUCUUUGUCAAUCUUUGAAUUAAUGACAAAACAUAAAUUAAUAUUUAAAAAUAAUUCACGCACUUGAUAAUUAAAAAAUGAAGACGGAAUUCGUGCCGCGAGUAAAUCAACUUGAUGCUUUGCAGUUAGAUCGAGACAUCAUUCGAAUAAUUCGCAAUCAGCUAAUUGAUGGUGUCCAAAUGAUAUGGCCAGGUUUUAUGAAUAAACUGAGUCCUGAAGUUGAUUUACUUUUGCGAGCAGCAAUUUGGAAUUAUUCAGUUCGUUUGCAUUCGGCAACAUUUGGUCAACGUCUAUUGUUUAUAUCAUACGAUAAAAAUCAGCUUAUGAACAACGCCAAUAUUUAUAAGCAUUUCUUUUUAAAUGUUUUUCUCAAAUAUGUCCGAGAUAAUAUUACGUUCCGUUGGAUUCACCGGCAGACACUUCAAAAAUGUGUGACUUACUGUGAAAAUGUCAUAGCAUUGUGUACGAUGUUAAAUUUUUUUCGAUUUCUACAUGGGGGAAAAUGUCCAUCGCUAGUUGAUUAUAUAUUGGGUCUGGAUAAUAUUUCAAUGUUUGGUAAUCGACGUCGCGAAAUCGGAUAUAGUCAUAUGACUCGCGAAUUGAUUUGGGGUGGUUUUAUGGAAUUAUUGGGUUUCACAUUGCCGCUAAUCAACUUUCAUUACGUCCGACGGAGGUGCAGGAAUUUAUUACAGAAGUUUAGAGAAAGUUCAAUCGAUACUCGCAAUGAUAAAAAACCAUGUCUAAAUGUCAAUACCAAAUGCGCAUACUGUAAUGAACGUCCGACUUUACCAUAUCACAUGGGUUGCACACAUGUAUUUUGUUAUUAUUGCUUAAAGGGAAAUCUCUUGGUUGAUUCGAAUUUUGAAUGCCCAAUAUGCCAGCAAAAAAAGGAUUUUUUUGAACCACUAUAAAUGUGAUAGAUAGAUAUAGAAUAUUAUAAGAUAAGAAAAUUAAAUGAACGGGAAUCAAGGCUUUUGCUUGUUACGAAUAAUAAUAAUAUUUGUUUUUCAUUUA